AUGGCGGUGGAUCUGACAGCUCAAGGUGUGACAUUUGGUGAUGGGAAAUGCCCAAUGUGCGGCAUUCGGGAUGAGUCCGCAGAUCACCUCCUCGUUGAGUGCGUUGUCGCCAAAAAUAUAAGGUGGCGUGUGUGUGUUUGGACCAAGACCCCGCUGACAGAUAGUUCUAAUUCAGUGAAGACGCUAAAGCAUUCCUCAAACAACAAUAAGCCAGCAAAGGAGAAACAGGCGAAAAUGUUGGAGGACAUUAAAGAAGGAACUUAUGAGUGGUUGCUGAGAAGGGGUAAGAGGUCAUCUUCUUUGUCUGCUCCCCAUGAUUCCUUUUCCUAUACCGGUGAUGAAGAAACUCAAAUUUCUUCGUUUAACAGAAAGUUUCUCAUUUCAAAGAACGCAAUUUCCGGUAGUUUCACCCCAAUGACUCUUUUCCUCUUCCUCCCAUCGAUAGACUUCCUCCUCUCGCAAAUCGACGAUCUGGUGUUCGAUGAGAUCAAUCAACAAGAUCCUUUGGUGGAUCUUCAUGAUCAUGUUCCCAUGGAUGGGAAUAUUACUCAUCAAGCCAACAAGCAGGCCAGGAGAAAGCAUCAAGAUGGUUCGUUAACUAACCCUAGUUCUUCUACUGUUUCUGGGGUAGGAGAUGAUCAAACAAACAAGAAGUUGAAUCAUCGAGAGAUCGAAAAGCAGCGCAGGAAACAAAUGGCUAACCUUUACGCCUCACUUCGAAGUCUACUUCCUCUUGAAUACAUCAAGGGAAAGCGCUCUAUACCGGACCAGAUAGAUCAGACAGUGAACUAUAUCAACCACAUGCAGGAAAACAUCAAAGGUUUAGGUGUCAAAAGAGAUCAACUCAUGGACUUUAUGGGUACAAUGUCAAUGAAUACCAAUGAAAACUUAAAUAAUUUGCUCCCAAAUACAGUCUUCGUCAAUAUUUGCAAUGAGGGAAUCGAGAUUUUGAUCAAUAGUUGUUCAAUACAAGAUGGGUUCCUCCUUUCUAGAGUGUUAAAAACACUUGUCGGUGAAGGGCUUAACAUCAUAAGCUGCACUUCGACUAGAGCAAACAAUCGCAUACUUCACACUAUCCAAACUGAGAUUACUAUACUAUUUAAAAGAUAUUUGCGAGAUAUGAUAUUGAUGGAAAAACUUAUAAUUGGAGUUGAAUAUACUUAUUAA